AAUGCAUUUACUCUAAAUCAUUAUUAAUCAUUAAAAUCUAAUGGUGUAAUCUGAAAUCUGAUACAUGUGAAUUUAAAUCUCAUGACUAAAUAUUCCAUAAUUAUCUUCCAUUUUAAGAUUCAAUUUCAACGGAAGAAAACAUACGAAAUUUCCCAGAACAUCACCUUUGCUUUUCCAACCUCUUUCCUUGAUUUCUCCGACAUUUUUAAAUCACCCAAAAUAAAAUAUAAAAAUCCAUUUUUUUUUAUUUAAUUUGAUUUGUUGUUUGUGGUCUUAAAGAAGGAAGAGUCUCUUCUACUGUUUCUUUCUUCUUCUCUUUCAUCUCUUUUGGGGUGAUUUUUAAGGCUAACAUCCAUUCAAUUUUGGUUCAAACCAGAGAUAUCUCUUUGUGAAGUUAAGACUAUUUUAAUUGAAUUUGAAUAAGAAAAGUAGGCAUUAAUGGAGUUAGCAAAUGGGGGGUCAAUCCAUGGAAGAGAAACAGAAGAAGACAUGGAUAGAGAGACCUCAGCAGACACUCCAUUGAGAGAGCCUUCUCCUCUAUACCAUUCUCAUUAUGCUGGUACUGUUAGACAGAGAGCUUAUAUAUUUGAUGGUUCAGGAAAUUUUUACAAUAAAGAAUGGGAUCUUGCUGAAGGGAGAGGUGAAGAGUUUUGUUGGUACCAUGUUGAGCUUCCAAAAGGGAGUCAGAAACUCUCUCAAUCUGCUCAGUAUCUCAUUGGUGUUCUUUGCCCACCAUUGAAACUCCAAGACAUUCUUUCACUCAUUAGCAAUGGACCCUUUUGUGGACAUGUUGAUGGAGCUCUUGUGUUUAGAGUUAACUCACCUGGUCCUGCUUCUAGUGAUUUUACCUUUAGGAUUGCUGCUAGGAUUACUGAGAAUUCGGUUAUUACUGUUUCGUUGGGGCGUGUUCCUAGAUUGGGAUUUUCUAGGAUGGGCCAGUCUUUGCUCUCUGAGAUUCCUAGUGUGGAGAGUCCAACUUAUUAUAGAGGUCAGCAAAAGGAAGGGAGUGGAACAGUGAUAAGAGAGCAUGUUCUUGAGUUCUUGUUGACUAUGAAUCAUUCUGAAGAGGCUGACAAUCCUGUCCCCAAAUCUGUCUCAAAUCUUGUGGUUCAUAUCAUUGACACUCAUGUGGAUCAACUUCAAGAUAUGGUGACUAAACUUGAGAUUGAUUUAGAUGCUGUUGAGCUUGAGUUGGAUAAAGGUGGUUUUGCUCUAAAGAAACAAAUGCUAGAUGAUAGAAGAUUCCCCAAAAUGCAUCUUAAUCUGCAGCGCCUUCUGCAGGUAAUUGCACAUGGAGAGCAAGUAUUUCCCCGAGUCAAAGAAAAAUCUACAUCGAAACGUUGGUUUUGCAGUGAAGACAUUGUUGCCCUUGAAGAGUUAAUUGGACGGUUAAGGAGACUAAAGGAAAAUGUAGGAUUCAUAGCCAAUCGUGUUACUGCUCUUCAGGCCGGUCUAGAUAGCUGGCAAGCCGAGCAAAUCAACAGAAAGCUCUAUUAUCUUUCAUUCCUCUCAAUAAUUUUCCUUCCAUUGUCUGUCAUUACAGGAGUGUUUGGCAUGAAUGUUGGAGGUGUUCCAUGGACUGGACAGAGAGAUCCUAGAAUUAAAGAUGGUUUUCGUAAUGUAAUGAUACUCUGUGUAGCUAUGCUAUUUCUUGUUCUUCUUUGCUUCAUUUUCCCAUAUCUUUAUUCCCGAAUAGCUGCAUGGAGUAGGAGUAGGGCCAUGAAGAAAAGUUGGUCUCUAAAUAGAAGAUCAUUCCUCAAAAGAACCAUUGGUGGUAGCGGUGUAUCUCAGGAAAGAGGCGGUUACCUUAGGCUUUGAUUAACAGUUGAAAAUUUCAUAUUUUAUCAUGGAACUUUUCCGAAAUUUCAACAGAUUAGUUUGAUUAAACGAACGCCAGUGGAUGGUAACUCGUUCAAUGGAACCGUUGAUUUUUUCCCUCUAAACUAGAACACCCUUUGUCUGAAUUUGAUAAAGCAAUGGGGGGUUUUAAUUUGAGGUGAGCCAAUUCUUUCACCGAAUUUGUCUCGAAUAAGAAUAGCUCAAUUCCUUUUCAUUUUUAGAAAUCUUCUUGUAACUUUGUACAGUUCUUAAAUUUUGAGUUGUAUUCUGUUCUGUCCUCCAAGUGCUGUGAAAUACUAGAGUCCAGUUGUUAAGGUGUACCAUCAAUUCAUUUGUAGUACAAAUUUGUAUAUUUUGAAAGAUCAACACAAAGCAUAAUGUUUUCUUUC